AUGGUAAGCGCCUAUCCUCAGCACAGUGGAGAAGCGGCCACUUUUAGUGGAGAGAAUUUCGGAGGAUUCGAAGGACAGAGCUCCUUCGGUGACGACUUCGGUUCUGUUGAGUCCUUUCAGGAUGAAAACAAUCAAGAUUUGGGCUUUGAAAAACAGAACGCAUCCCCGGAAGAAAAUCACUUCGCCUCCCCUGAGACCAAUAAUUAUUCACCAGACAGUCUCGACUUCUCCAAUCCAGAGGCUCAUAACUACGCAAGCCCGGAUGUCCAUGACUAUGCCACUCCAGACGAGCACAAUUACAACGUGCCCUCUUAUAUCCGUAAUUUUGAGUCAGAGCAGGAAAACAGGUAUCCUGCUCAGCAGGGACAUUCCAUACCCGCAACAGAAUCCAAGGACUACGUUGCACCAGUGGAGGAUGUAAAGAAAGAUGAAGCUCCUAAAACCGAUAACUACCACACACCUGAGGUCACCAUCCAUCAAGCACCUGAGGUCAAAAGUCAUCCAGCACCAGAAGUGAACAGCUAUCCAAACUCUAAAAUAAAUAGCCACCCAUUAUCGGAAGUGAACAGCUAUCCAAAUAUUGAAAUAAAUAGCCACCCAGUGCAGGAAGUAAACAGCUACUCAGGUUCUGAAAUAAAUAGUCAUCCAGUAUCGGAAGUAAACAGCUAUCAAGCUCCUGAAAUAAAUAACCAUCCAGUAUCUGACAUUGUCAGCUAUCCAAAUCCAGAAAUCAACAGCUAUCCAGCACCGGACGCACACAACUAUCCAACACCGGAAGCACACAGCUAUCCACAUCCAGAGAUAAACAGUUAUCCAGAGGUUGAAAGUUAUGCAGCACCCGAAGUAAAUAACUACAUUGCUCCAGAACCACAAGGUUAUCUAUCACCUGAGGAACAUGGUUAUGCAGCUCCAGGAGCUCUCAGCUACUUGGAAGAGCACAGGCAACAUGGUAAAGUACAGCCAGUGGUUAUUGAUAGUUCUGAAGGGCACCUUGAGAAGGAUCAUUCCGGAGAUGAGAAACACGCCAUAGAUUUCUACGUAAGUAGACUAUUUUUAACUUAG